CGAUCAAGUGACUAAACUGGAAGUCCGGGCUCGCGGCGAGCGGGGAGGUGGGCUGGAGUCGCAGGUGUGAGGGCUAGAGCCUCACGCGGGUAAAGGGCGGUGAUUAAGAGAGUGAGGACCAGGAGCGCUUAGCGGCGCGCUCUGCGCAGUGGCGAUGCAGACGUAGGAAACGCCCCGCCCUGCGCGGGAGCCCUCGGGACGCCAUGGCGCGAGCUCGGAAGAGGCUGGCGGGUGCCGCUGGGCCAGGUGAGCCGGACCCUGCUGCGGAAAGGCGGUCGCUUCGUGCCGCUCACUCACCCCUGCGUAUGGGGAAAGCCCUUGACAAGAAGGGGCCAGAAGGAAAACGGACUAAAACAAAGAACGAGUGUGAGGCAUCUGCUAAAGUGGAGAACUCCGGCCUCCAGGAGACUUCAGAAGCCUCUGAAGACUGUGGGAAGAAUCUCAACAGAUACUGGCUGAUGAAGUCAGAGCCAGAAAGCCGACUGGAGAAAGGUGUAGACGUGAAGUUCAGCAUUGAGGAUCUCAAAGCACAGCCCAAGCAGACAACAUGCUGGGAUGGUGUCCGCAACUACCAGGCCCGGAACUUCCUCAGAGCCAUGAAGCUGGAGGAAGACGCCUUCUUCUACCAUAGCAACUGCAGAAAGCCAGGCAUCGCAGGGCUUAUGAAGAUUGUGAAGGAGGCUUACCCAGACCACACACAGUUUGAGAAGAACAGUCCCCAUUAUGAUCCAUCCAGCAAAGAAGACAACCCGAAAUGGUCCAUGGUGGACGUACAGUUUGUUCGGAUGAUGAAGCGUUUCAUUCCCCUGGCUGAGCUCAAAACCCAUCACCAAGCUCAUAGAGCCACUGGUGGUCCCUUAAAAAACAUGGUUCUCUUCACUCGCCAGAGACUCUCUGUCCAACCCCUGACCCGAGAGGAGUUUGACUUUAUUUUGAGCCUGGAGGAAAAGGAACCAAGUUAACUGAGAUGCUGCUGCUAGAAUAGGCAAGACGCUGCUCUAGAGAUGUCCAGCUGCCACAAGACAAGCAGGCGUGGGGAGCGUGCUUGUUAUGUUCACCCGGGGUUGUAUGCUGAGGUGGGGUUUGAGUACUUUGAAUAAAACAUGAAUAUAUCAAA